AUCACUGAUUCUCAAAACAAGAAGAUUUCAAAACCAAGUUUCUAAAAUGGAGAUUCAUACUCAUCUGAGGCUUCUGACAAACAGCAAGUGGAUGGCGACGGCGGCGAGCAUUUGGAUCCAGUGCGCCGUCGGACCGUCGUACACCUUCGGCAUCUACUCGCCGGCGCUCAAGGCCAGCCAGGGCUACGACCAAUCAACGCUCGACACGGUGUCCGUCUUCAAGGACAUCGGUGCCAACGCCGGCGUCCUCUCCGGCCUCCUUUACGCCGCCGUCGCCGCCGGAGGGCGCCGCCGGGUGGGCGGGCCCUGGGUGGUUAUAGCGGCGGGGGCGGUGCAGUGCUUCGUCGGAUACUUUUUCAUGUGGGCGGCUGUCGCCGGAGUGAUUCAACGGCCGCCGGUGGCGGCCAUGUGCUUGUUCAUGUUCUUGGCGGCGCACGGCCAGACGUUCUUCAACACGUCCAACGUCGUCUGCGGUGUCGAGAACUUCUCCAGUUAUAGUGGCACCAUUGUCGGAAUCUUGAAGGGAUUUCUUGGUCUUAGUGGGGCAAUGCUAAUACAAGUCUAUAAGACAAUAUGCCAAGGCAAACCAAGCACUUUCCUUCUUAUUCUUGCCAUUUUGCCCGCAUCGGUCUCCCUCUCGCUCAUGUUAUUGGUCAGAAUCCAUGAAUCCACCACAACAAAUGAAAAGAAGCAUCUCAAUUUUCUCUCUGCCGUUGCUUUGACCAUUUCUGCUUAUCUCAUGACACUAAUAAUCUUGGACAACAUCUUUACCUUGUCAAUGUCAGCUCGCAUAUCUACUUUUGUGUUUCUUCUUCUUUUACUUGCCUCUCCUCUCGGAAUUGCAAUCAAAGCUGAAAGUGAAAACAUGAUUAAAAAGACCCCAGAAACACUUUCGAUUGAGAUUCAUAAUCCGUUACUGGUAACUGAAGGUGAUCAUAAAGGAGAGGAUAUGAAUAUCUUGCAAGCCAUGGGAACUGUCAACUUCUGGUUGUUGUUUUUGGCCAUGGUUUGCGGAUUGGGAUCUGGUAUGGCCACCAUAAACAACAUGAGCCAAUUGGGUCAGUCUCUUGGUUACACAUCGCUAGAGAUAACUUCUUUUGUUUCCCUUUGGAGUAUAUGGAAUUUCCUUGGUCGUUUUGGAGCCGGGUUUCUGUCAGAUUAUUUUCUGCAUACUAGAGGAUGGGCGAGGCCAGUGUUGAGUGCAGCCACUCUUGCAGCCAUGAGUGCUGGCCACAUUAUCAUCGCCUCCGGUUUCGCGGGAAAUCUUUACCUGGGCUCGAUGUUGGUGGGAAUUUGUUAUGGCUCACAGUGGUCACUAAUGCCAACAAUCACUUCAGAAAUAUUUGGUGUAAGACACAUGGGUACUAUUUUUAACACCAUUGCCAUAGCCAGUCCUGUUGGGUCUUACAUACUUUCUGUAAGAGUAAUUGGAUAUAUAUACGAUAAAGAAGCUUCUGGAAACACCUGUUUUGGAACUCACUGCUUCAUGUUAUCCUUUUUUAUCAUGGCUGCUGUCGCUUGUAUCGGUGCCGUGAUUGUUCUUGCAUUGUUUUUUCGCACCAAGAGGUUCUAUGAGUUGGUUGUGCUUAGAAAAUUGCAGUAUGCUUCAGGACAAGGAAAUUAG